AUGAAUUUACUAAGAAAUGUCUCUCGAAUAAGCCGGUAUUUGUUGGAUUCAAAUCCAAUUCAUUCAUGUCACUGUUAUUUAUCAACGGAUCGUCCGGAAUCGAUUUCGGCAGCUUUGAAAAAGUUCUAUCUCAAAGUUCAUCCUGAUCUCUUCACGCAAUAUCCAAAAGAAAAAGAUGUAAAUGAAAAAAGUUUGCAACUAGUCAGUGCAUAUCUUUCUGGAUUGCAGAAAAAGGAAUACAUGGCAGCAAUCACUGUCACUUUCUUUACGAAACAACCAGCGACUGAACCACUUCCGGCACCGGUUCAGUUAUCUCCUCAUCGAAUCACUCUUAAUUCAAGAGAUCUACUGGCUAGUGUGAAUAGUAUCCUAGAUGCGUUAAGUUUACCUGUAGUUGAUGUUCCAAAACAAGCAAAAGCCACGAUAAAACAACGAGAGAUUCUAUUUAAAGUGGUGGAAAUCGAAAAGUUCUAUGAUUUCUCAAAAAUUCCGAAAAUAUCAAUUGAAACAUGGUUAACAAGUAAUGUGGACGCAGCACGUACGAUUGCUAAACGGCAUCAAGCGCUAAUGAAUGAAAUAAGUGCUAAAGUCAAUAGUAUCAAAGAAAGAUUCAAAUUGAGUUCAAUCGAAUAUAAAGAUGAAUGGUCUGUCCCACAAUUUAACGCCUGUUUAAGCACGUUGCUCACGUAUGUGGAUAAAUGGCACGACAGACUUCUAUCGUUACAAGGUAUUCUAAUCGAAAUUAGUAAACGACUAGUGUUUGGCGAUAAGUCAUGCUUACUUCAAGAUGGUUCGUUGGAAUUAGGUGCAAAUGAUCCACCUGUGUACUGGGAUCAUGUGAUCUGCUGUGAAUUAAUUGACUCGGAUCAAUAUAUGGGCAAAAUCGCUGCCUACGAAAAGAAUAUUGCGGAGUAUUUUCACGGAAUUCAAAUCCGACAAGAUCCCGAUUCACAAAGCUUGUGCCGUGCUCACACGUAUUUGUACCAUUUAUUACAAUUAAGUCAUCAUUUUGAUCUGAACCGUGAUCACGAAGCACAUAAACAUAAAUUGUGGACAAAUUUCCAUUUAUAUAUCAAUCCAUAUAGUUCGGACCCCUCAGUAACCAACAGCGGAUACUUUCAAAUCAAUGCAUAUGAUGCUACCAUUGAUAUCUUGGAUUUCAUGGUGAAUAAUCGAAUAAAAGCCAAUGAAACGAGGAAAUCCUACGAAAGUCAAGCAGAGAAAGAGAAGAAUAUCAUGAAAAAAGUCAAAGAGCAGUUCCGACUCACAGAUUUGUCAAUCAAUCAACGAAUAAUGAAAAGCGAUAUAAUCGAAUGCUGUCAACGUUUGCUAAACCAACGGCAGUUGUUUUCGCAUGUUUUAUCUCAAUGCCGGUUAAAAAUUGACAAAAACUAUAAUCUAGCACAGAAUGGAACUUUAUCAAUUCCAUGGGAUUGGUCAUUUGGACAAGAAGAAACUAUUUAG